CGAGCACACCAGAUCACUCGCAUCGUCAGUUAACAUUUAAGCUAAGGAGAUCUAGAAACGACGUGUUAUAUUAUCCGCUGUUAAUUUCCGAGUAGAUGGGUGCUGUCUGUCAGAGCAGAAAAUAAAACGCCAAGGACGGGGACGGACUCUCAAGUAGGAUAGAUCUGCCACCUGUCUAUCGGCGGGUGACCUCGCUGACUCUGUCCCUGGAGGGUCAGAUGCUGAUAUAAUCGAGAAGAAGCCUUACUGUUUUCAAACACUUUAGCAGCGGUAUGUCAGAGGUGCUGCCAGACGGCUGGAGCGGCGCAUUGACUUCAAAGCCGAAACAACUGAGCCACACUCUCCAGCGGCUGGUCUUGGGCGAGCUGCGGAUGCGGGAGCGCUUGUAGUCUCUCUUUGUAGGCAAAGCCGCGGUCGCUAAGCUUGCAGAUUGCUGUUGCCUGUUUUCGCUGUAGCGCCUUGCAGAGCAAAUCGUCUGCUGGAUUAACGCCCGAGUGCCGAGAAUAUAGAUCAGCUAAAGCGGCCGAGAAGAGAGAGGGCUGUUUGUGGCCUGCGACAAGGUAUCUGGUUCAUGUUCCUGGAUAUUAAUCGGAAUCAAAGUGGAUUACAAGGAUGGGAUGUGGUAACAGAGCGUUCAGAAAAUAUACUCUGCUCCUUUGGCUCACAUCGCUACUGCUGCUGGUGACAGAAGGCAGGAGACCCAACAGGCAACCCAAGUGCCCGCCAUCGUGCACAUGCACCAAAGAUAAUGCCCUCUGUGAAAAUCUCAAAUCGGUGCCUCGCAGCUUCCCCCCUGAUGUGGUUUCCUUAUCGUUUGUCAAAUCUGGAUUCGCCGAACUCCCCGAAGGAAGCUUCUUGCACAACCCAUUACUGCAGCUCCUCUUGUUCACAGCAAAUUCUUUUGAAACAAUUGCUGAUGAUGCAUUCCAGGGGCUUCCUCACAUUGAAUACCUGUUUAUUGAAAACAAUAAAAUCCAGUCAAUUUCUUCAAAUGCUUUUCGAGGACUGAAAUCCUUAAUCCACCUGAGUCUGGCAAAUAACAACCUGCAGACACUUCCCAAAGACGUUUUCAAAGGACUUGAAGCACUGACAAAGGUUGACCUAAGAGGCAAUGCCUUCAACUGUGACUGUAAAAUGAAGUGGUUGGUGGAAUGGAUGUACAACACCAAUGCUACUGUGGAUCAGAUCAGUUGUGCCGGACCGCCAGCCUAUCAGGGUAAAAAAAUCAAUGACCUGCUGCCACAGUCAUUCGACUGCAUAACAACAGAGUUUGCUUCCUACCAGUCUUUUAAAUUUGAGUCUAUCUCCGUUGACUCUUUCUCCUACAUGAACGACGAGUAUGUUGUGAUUGCUCAGCCUUUCAUUGGGAAGUGCAGCUUUCUGGAAUGGGACCAUGUUGAGACAGUCUUUAGGAAUUAUGACAACAUUACAAGCACUUCUACAGUUGUCUGCAAGCCACUGGUCAUAGACAACCAGCUCUUUGUCAUCGUGGCUCAGCUAUUUGGAGGUUCUCACAUAUAUAAGAGAGACAACUCAGCAAACAAAUUCAUUAAAAUUCAGGAUAUCGACAUCCUUAAAAUAAGAAAACCAAAUGACGUGGAAACCUUUAAAAUAGAGGGCGACUCAUACUUUGUGAUUGCAGACAGCUCAAAGGCCGGCUCAACCACUGUCUACCAGUGGUACGGAAAUGGCUUUUAUUCUCAUCAGUCGCUCCACCCUUGGUACAGAGAUACAGAUGUGGAGUACUUGGAGAUCUCCAACAAGCCUCACUUGAUUCUGUCAAGCAGCUCACAGAGGCCUGUUAUCUACCAGUGGAACAAAGCACAGAAGUUAUUUGAUCGGCGAACAGAUAUUCCGGAAAUGGAAGAUGUCUACGCUGUCAAGCAUUUCAAAGUCAAAAAUGAGUUGUAUAUCUGCUUGACCCGCUUUAUCGGUGACUCCAAAGUAAUGAGAUGGGAUGGUUCAAUGUUUUUGGAAAUACAAACAAUGCCGUCCCGAGGGUCCAUGGUUUUCCAGCCUUUCGCAGUAAAUAACUGGCAGUAUGCAAUUCUUGGAAGUGACUAUUCUUUUACCCAGGUUUAUCGCUGGGACACAAAGAAAGGACAGUUUGUUAAUUUCCAGGAGCUAAACAUUCAGGCACCCCGUGCAUUCUCUCUUGUUUCUAUUGACAACCGAGAGUUUUUGAUUGCAUCAAGUUUUAAAGGAAAGACACAGAUUUAUGAACAUCUUAUAAUUGACCUUAGCAAUUAACAUGCAUCGAUUGGACUUGUAUUCACACAGCGGUUCACUGCACUGAAUGGGAACGGACAUGUUGAUGGACUUUAUGCAUGAAAACCCCCCAAUUAUCCUAUCAGGUGAAUGCCUUGCUAGACGUCUCCAGUUUUCUUUUGUCUGUCAUUAUCUACAGUAGUGCUUUUACAUACUCCUUCGUUUAAACAAAGGUCAGUGCUAACUCAGCCUUGCAAAGGAAAGCUGUAAAUACCUGCUUAAUCAUACCGCUUGCUAAAGCAAAAAGAAAUAAAUUUAGAAAUGUACUUUUUCAACUAUUUAUUAACCUAUUUGGAAGAAGAAGAAAAAAACCUGCCAAAUAAAAUGUUUACAUUUUUCUGUCUUUCCAGUUGUAAGCAAAUUAUUUCUAAAAAACAAAAAGCUUUUGUAAAUAUGAGGGACCAUGCCAGCCAGAUAUUUCAUACUAAAGUUACUGUUGCAAUUUUAAACUCCAUAUAUUUGUAAAAAAAAAUAGCAUAUGUUGCAAUGCAAACUUAGUUGUGCUUGGGGAAAAAUGACAAAUCUUGGCAACUUAAAUUUGUAUUGUUGCUUGUUUGUAUGAUCUGUAUAGUAAUUUACUCCAAAUAAAAAAAAUAAUAAAACUUGAA